CAUUGAGCACACACAGUGCGGCGGUACAAACUUCGCUUAGAAUGGAUGUUUGCCUUUUUACUAACAUACAUAUUAGUUAAAAUAACGGCAGGGUAGUUGUUUUAAGUCCUCAGUCAGACGUUGGAGGAGUUGUAUGACGGCAUGUCACUAAAGUUCGAGACGGUUAACGAGAUGUUUUAGGGCAAUGGAGAGUGAACAGUGUAAAAUAUUUGGUGGUGGCGAAGACGAUACAUCUGGAUCAGACACUGUGUCAGAGGGCGAGACGCGUUCCGAACCAUCUGAACCCGAAUUACACUUUGAGUCACUCAAACGACAUUGUUUAGAUUUUGUAAGUUUGGAAGGAAAAGUGAAGGACAACGAUUUAAAGGAAUGCAACGAGGAGAGACAAGCGAGAAAUGGAGAGAACCAAGGAGAAAACGAGGAUGACGAGGAUGAAAUGUCGGAUAACAUCCUCUACCCCCCAUCCAUGCCUUUCCGCAAGUUCAGUAACCCAGAGGUCUCCCACUGUGUCAGUUUAGCGCAGAAAUUUAAGCGACAGCUCAGCGAAGAUGGCAGAGAGCUCCGACGAGGAAGCCUAGGGGGUGCUCUAACAGGGAAGUACCUGCUGCCAUAUGUCUCAGCACAGCAGGCAUGGUCAGCCACAGGCUCGGAGACCACCAACCUGGUGCGCAUGCGCUCACAGACCCUCGGGAAAUCUGCACCCUCCCUCACAGCCAGCCUGAAGGAGCUCAGCCUUCCCAGAAGAGGAAGUUUCCUCACUCCUCGAAGCUUGAGCCCGACUCCCACAAGCCCUUGCAGCCCAUGCAGCCCACUGCACGCAUUUCAUUUUUGGAGCUGCAGAACGAGCAACAGAAAGAGUCUUAUAGGAAGUGGACAGUCGGCUGCUCUUCCUCGACCACACUCACCUCUCUCAUCACACACAGGCACCAGUCCUCAAGACAGUCCAAGAAACUUCUCCCCAAGUGCUUCGGCUCAUUUCUCCUUUACUCGCAGAACCGAUGGGCGACGCUGGUCCCUGGCAUCCCUUCCCUCCUCUGGCUAUGGCACGAACACACCCAGUUCCACUGUUUCGUCGUCCUGUUCAUCACAGGAGAAGCUCCAUCAGCUGCCCUUCCAGCCCACACCGGAUGAGCUGCACUUCCUGUCCAAGCAUUUCUGCACUGAGAGCAUUUCUGGUGACGACUGCAGAAGAGCCACAGCCAUGCGUCCCCGCUCCCGCAGCCUCAGUCCUGGAAGAUCACCGUCAUGCUGUGACCAUGAGAUUAUCAUGAUGAAUCACGUGUACAAAGAAAGAUUUCCUAAGGCCACGGCUCAGAUGGAGGAGCGCAUCAAGGAGAUCAUUCAAAGCAACUCCCCCGAGAAUGUCCUGCCGCUGGCUGAUGGUGUGCUCAGCUUUGCACACCACCAGAUCAUCGAGCUGGCCAGAGACUGCCUGGAAAAGUCACGUUUUGGCCUCAUCACCUCCCGAUACUUCUGUGAGCUCACAGAUAAACUGGAAAGGCUCUUUCAGGAGUCGACUGAGCGAUCGGAGAGUGCAGAGGUGACCUUCAUCAAGGAGCUGGUUAAAAAGAUUCUCAUUGUGAUUGCCAGGCCUGCACGACUCCUGGAAUGCCUGGAGUUUGACCCUGAAGAGUUCUAUCACCUCUUGGAGGCUGCAGAGGGCCAUGCCAAAGAGGGACAAGGAAUCAAGACCGACAUCCCAAGAUACAUUAUCAGCCAACUUGGCCUGACGAGAGAUCCACUUGAGGAAAUUGCCCAGCUGACAAGCUACGACAGCGGGAUUGCAGAAACUCCAGAGACCGAUGACUCUGUCAGUUCUCACAGUCUAAGUGCAGCACUACGGGCUCGACGCAAACCUUGUGAACUCGACUUUGAGAUGAUCAAACUGAUCAGUAAUGGGGCUUAUGGUGCUGUAUAUUUGGUGAGACACAAGGACACAAAACAGCGCUUCGCCAUGAAGAAAAUCAACAAGCAGAACUUGAUAUUGAGGAACCAGAUCCAGCAGGCCUUUGUGGAGAGAGACAUCCUAACCUUCGCCGAGAACCCUUUUGUGGUCAGCAUGUACUGUUCCUUCGAGACACGCAGACAUCUCUGCAUGGUUAUGGAGUAUGUUGAGGGAGGUGAUUGUGCUACUCUUCUGAAGAACAUGGGUCCUCUUCCUGUGGAUAUGGCCAGAAUGUACUUUGCUGAGACUGUGUUAGCCCUGGAAUAUCUUCACAACUAUGGAAUUGUCCAUCGAGAUCUCAAACCAGACAAUUUGUUGGUGACUUCAAUGGGACACAUCAAGCUGACAGAUUUUGGCCUGUCGAAGGUGGGGCUGAUGAAUAUGACCACUAACCUCUAUGAGGGUCACAUUGAAAAAGAUGCCAGAGAGUUCUCUGAUAAACAGGUGUGUGGGACUCCUGAGUACAUUGCUCCAGAAGUGAUCUUGAGACAAGGCUACGGGAAGCCUGUGGAUUGGUGGGCAAUGGGCAUCAUUCUGUAUGAGUUCCUGGUGGGCUGUGUGCCGUUCUUUGGAGACACUCCAGAGGAGCUGUUUGGCCAGGUCAUCAGUGAUGAAAUAAACUGGCCGGAGGGUGAGGAUGCUCCACCAUUCGAUGCCCAGGAGCUGAUCACCCUGCUGCUCAAACAGAACCCUCUGGAACGCCUCGGCAGUGCAGGAGGGGCAUACGAGGUCAAGCACCAUCAGUUUUUUCAUAGUUUGGACUGGAACAGUCUGCUGAGGCAGAAGGCAGAGUUCAUCCCUCAGCUGGAGUCUGAGGACGAUACCAGCUACUUUGACACACGAUCCGAUAGGUACCAUCACCUUGAAACUGAAGAAGAAGACGAUACCAAUGAUGAAGAUUUCAACGUGGAACUGCGUCAGUUUUCCUCAUCCUCACAUCGAUUCUCUAAAGUGUACAGUAGUCUGGACCUGUCACGAGGUCAGCUGGAGGAGAAAGGAGAACACACAGAGAAGAAGACUGAAAGUCCACUGACUGUCGACUCGAUGAGCUGGACUCCAGACUUCACUGAGAUCCCGUCUCUCUCUCAUUCAUCUGACACUGAGAGCACCAGCCUGAGUAGAUGUUCAGGUCUCCUGCCCAAGUUUGCCAUCUCUGCUGAAGUGGAGGACGGCGAUGGCUCUCUGGCUUUGGAAGACCCCAGUAAAGUGACCUUCAGUAUUGGGGAGUUGCCUCAGGAUGAGCCUGAUCCUACUACACCCUGUAGCACCAUCAGUAACUCAACCCUCUCAGGCAGUUUUUCAGAGCACCUGGACCAGGUGUCGUCGAGGGACGAGGCAGUUGAGAGUCCAGACAGCUCCUGUAAGCCCUCUUUUGAUACAGGCACCUUCCUGAGCACUCCCAGACCUGAGAUCACAGACAAGCAGUGUGCAGUCAGCAAAGUGCCAAAAUCAGUGUCUACCAGCGCCCUGUCACUCAUGAUCCCUGGAGAUGUUUUUGGUGUGUCCCCAUUAGCCAGUCCUAUUUCUCCAUACUCGCUGUCAUCAGACCCCUCCUCCAGAGACUCCUCCCCCAGCCGAGACUCCACCCACUCUGGUGUCAGCGGUCGUCAGCCAAUCAUCAUCCAUAGCUCAGGGAAGAAAUUUGGUUUCACUCUGCGCGCAAUCCGGGUCUACGCCUGUGACAGUGAUGUUUAUACGGUUUAUCAUAUGGUCUGGAAUGUAGAAGAUGGUGGACCUGCUCAUAAGGCUGGACUUAAAGCUGGAGACCUGAUCACUCACGUGAAUGGAGAAACAGUUCAUGGGCUGCUUCACACUGAGGUGGUGGAACUACUACUGAAGAGUGGAAGUAAAGUUGCAAUAUCCACAACCCCUUUUGAAAACACUUCUAUCAAAACUGGUCCAGCAAGAAGGAAUAGUUACAGAAGCAAAAUGAUUCGAAGAACAAAGAAGCCCAAGAAAGAGAAAAUGCAAGAAAGGCGACGAUCAGUAUUCAAGCGCUUCGCCAUGCAGCCUUCUCCACUCUUACACACCAGCCGUAGUUUCACCUCACUGAACCGCUCGCUGUCAUCAGGAGAGAGCCUGCCCGGAUCUCCCACACACAGCCUUUCACCACGCUCCCCUACAGCUGGCUUUCGUCCAACACCUGACUUUACCCAGUCAGGUGGCACUUCAUCACAAAGCAGUUCCCCUAGUUCCAGUGCUCCUAACUCACCUGCAGGCUCCGGCCACAUCAGGCCCAGCACUCUGCAUGGUCUGGGACCUAAACUCCCUGGACGUCUCCGUCAAGGCCGACGAAAAUCAGCAGGCAGCAUUCCCCUUUCUCCACUGGCUCGCACCCCCUCCCCAACCCCGCAGCCUCAGCCGACAUCUCCUCAGCGCUCGCCAUCUCCCUUGCUGAGUCAUACAUUGGGGAACACCAAAACAUCUCAGACUUUCCCCUCCAAGAUGCAUUCACCCCCCACCAUUGUCCGCCACAUGGUGCGACCUAAGAGCGCUGAGCCUCCUCGGUCCCCGCUCCUAAAGCGAGUCCAGUCAGAGGAGAAGCUCUCCCCCUCAUAUCCAGGAGACAAAAAACACUUAUGCACCAGAAAGCACAGCUUGGAGGUGACCCAAGAAGAGACUCAAGGAGAGGCCUCGUGUAAGGGGGAGCAUACCCCUGCAUGCAUAGAAGAGAGCACAACCUGUGAACCACUUGCCAUUACUCGAGUAAGACCCGCUGAGCAGGGCUGUCUAAAGCGGCCUGUGUCUCGCAAGGUUGGUCGACAAGAGUCAGUAGAGGACUUGGACAGAGAAAAGCUCAAGGCCAAGGUGGUGGUGAAACGGCAAGACUGGGCUGAGAGACGGGAGUCUUUGCAUAAACAAGACACCAUGCAAGAUCUGGAAGGUUCUGUGUGUUCCCUCACCACUGAUGAUAAGGAGUGGACUCUUCUAACAAGACCCAGUGCAAGACCACAAAGUUCAGAAUCUGGAUCACUGGACAAGUCCUCUAAUGCUACUUUGAAGGACGUGCUUUACAAAAAACUAAACCCAAGAGUGUGUGAGAGCAUUGCGGAGACCGUCGGCGGAGAUUGUGCUUCGCUGUUAAGCGAGAGGUCAGCUCCUUGCCAACAAGAUAGACAGCGGUCCAGGACAAUAAAAGAGUGUAGUAAACCAGACAGGUUAGAUUUUAAAGCACCCAACAUUGAGUUUGCAAGGAAGAGGCAGUCAUUUGACGAAAGGGAGGACUCAUUGUGUCGCAUUUCAUCUGGCAUUCACGAAAGCCUUCAUUUUAACCCCACCAGGUCUAAAAGUCUUCAGCUAGAUUCGGCUUUGGUUUUAGAACACUUGAAAGGGGGCAUGUGCAACAUUCACAGUUCUUCUGGAAUGAGCCCUGAGACUUUGGUCCCUAAGCUGUUCAGCGGGAGAGGAGAGAGUGCCGUAGAAAAACUUCAAAUGAUCGCCUCCUCUGAAAAUCCCAUCAGGAAAACCUCUUCGGACUACAAAUUGGAAGGACGACUUGUGUCCUCUUUAAAACCACUGGAGGGUACAUUAGACAUUGGCCUGCUUUCUGGGCCUCGGGUGUCCAAGACUGACACGUGUCUCUCCAAAAUGGCAGACAACCAUGGUGACACUGCUACAAUGGCAGGAGAUCUGUGUAGAAAACAGCUAAUUCAACAUAAAACAACAGGGGCACUUACUCCUAAGGACAACGUGAAUUUGAACAUCAAAACAACUUCAAAAGAAGAGCCCAUAUCCAAGGACUGCAAUGAAGAAUUUUAUGAUGGAAGCAAAUGUAAUGAUGGCUUGAAAUUGCAAAAUACCCCUAAAGUAGAAUCCGUGGACAUAAAUGUGAAGUCAGAAAGUAGGCUAAAGACAGCUCAGGAGUUGAGGGCUGCACGACACGGAACUCAUUUUUCGUGUGGGAAAACGCCUUCCAUCAGGGAGGUCAGCAAUGAAGACCAAGAGGAGGAUGUGGAAAACCCUGAGGAAGCACCGGCACAGCAAGUUCAGAAAAUACAACCAGUCCCUACCAAAUCUCACGAACCUGACAAGUCCCCAGUUUCUACUGUUGUUAGUCCCCAGCUCAAAUGUUCUCAACAAACCCCAACAGCAACUUCUGAUAGAAAUCCUAGUGGGACAAUUGAGGCACCAUCCAAUUCAAAUUCAUCCCUGUCUACAGAAAAGGAUAAGCCAGCCAAUUCAAACAAAACUGCAAAGGUUGCAGAGCAGAGUCAUCCCACACCAGAUAUUACAAGCAAUGCAUUUGGGACAUUAAGUCCAAUAUUGGCUGUAGCAAAGGAUCAUGUAGACAGAAAGGACAAGGUCACUGAUGCCAAAGACUCCCUUGACUCUGUUGCAAAGCAUAUUCAAGAUUCUGUGGGAGAUAAGGCAUUAGACAGAAUUUACAAAAAUGUUAAGAUUUUUCCCAUCACCAAUAGCUCUGAGCAAGCUAACUCAAAAACAAAUGUCAAUGACAUAGCAUCCAUCCCUCAGAGUGUAUCUUCGGCUCCCCCUGUCACAAAAUCGGCAGAAACAUCUGAGAGCCCUCUAGUUAAAAGCCCAUUCUCUCCCAAACCUAUGCUUCAAAGAAAAGCCACACCGUCCUCCAUUGCUGCCCCUCUAAAGGCCUUGCCUGCUACUAAUUCACAACCCCAAGCCAUUGCAAACACCAACCCACAACUUUAUGGACUGACUGAAGUUAAAACAAUCCAAGAUACACAGUCUGAACAAACAUGUGCCAAAGUGUCACGCUCUGAUGGCUCGGCAAAUGGACAGACGAGUAAUUCGGUCCAGUUUUCCAAACAAAGCUCUGACAAAACACAAAAUGCAACUAACAAAUCCAAUCCAACAGUAAAGGAUCUAAAACCCAUUGCAGCAUCUGGAGAAAAACCGGUAGACUCCAGAGAUAAACCGUCCACUAAAAAAGACCUAAAAUGCCAAGCGAGUGAAAAGAUUGGCUCUGCGACUGAAGUUUCGAAGAGCUGUGAAAAGCAAGAAGCCCUUGUCAAAAGUCAGGUAUGUGCUACUACCACACCAAAGCAGGACACUGGUGCAAGUUCACCAAAAACUAAGGGCUGUAAUUUUACAAUUGGAGACACAGUGCAUAUGAAAUCACCACUUAAAACUGACGAAAAGCAGAAAUUCAAGAAAGGACUUGAUGUAGACAGCCCCAAGGCUAAUAAACAAGUUAUGAACACUUCCAAAACUGAGACAGGUCCAGCGCAGACUGCAAUAAAACAGCAAGAACCGCCUGGUACUGUUUCAUCAAAACAGCCUCCUUUGAGUUCCAAAAACAAACCUAGAGUUGACUCUCCACUUGUUACGCAAUCCACUGGAAAGGCAGUUGAAGACAAGGGUAAGCAGGAGAACAAAGCACAGCUACAGCCCGUUGUCAAAGACAGUACAGUUAAACAUAAGGAGGAGAAAGAGUCUGUCUUUUCUACGCCUAAAGCCCAGAAAGUGACCCGCACUGGUUCUCAAGGUGCACCAGUGUUACCUGUACCAGCUGUUAAAAUCUUUGUUUCAAGUGGGAUUUCGGCAGGUAAGGGCACUGGUGAAACACCUGGACCCUCCUCUAAGGAGCAAAUGAAGCCCAGAAAUGACAUUCAGAGAUCAGAACCUCUCAAGGUGUCCAGCGCUAGUGAUGCUGUGGGUACAACUACUACAACAUCCAGUCCUGACUCUAAACAUAUCUCCAAUGAUUCAAAGGUGAUUGAUAAAUCAGUUUCAUCCAGCCGGAAAGAGCAAGUAGAAAAGAAGAAAAAAGAACCUUCUCAAGAAACAUCAUCAGCACCCAAAUCGACACAUAAAGACUCUGCGAAAGGCGCAAUGUUAGCGAAGGAUAUUACCGCUUCUGAAAAAGAUUCAAUGCGUCCUAAACAAACAAAAGAUUCGCCACGAGGUUCGAAAAAGUAAUACGUUAUUGUAGUUGCCAAGGUUAUUUUUCAAAGGACUAUGAGGAUAUAAACGUCAUUGUGUAAUAUCAUCAAGCCUUCCUAUCUGCGGACCGGUGAAACUGUUACUUUGGGUUUUCUCAAGAAACCAGAGAGAUUCAUUUGUGUUGUAAUCUUAUGUUUUGUUUAUAUAUUCUGUGUUAAAAAAAAAGAGUGUAGGCUGAAUGUAGUCUUGUUUUGCUGCUGAUUUGUGGUCACUUUUUAGCUCUUGUGAAAGCGCCAAAUUAGGCAUUAUGCGAGUGGCGUGUGCAAUAAUUGUGGAGAUGGAGCGGGGAUGCCUUUCUUAAGGCUCAGCUGUGCCAAUUAUGGUUGAAAUGAAAAGCACCUCAAAUUUAAAGUGUAGACGGUGUGAUAAAAAGUUCCUGCUCACCGUUAUCAUGUAUUACACUUUUGACGUAUUUAAAAAAAAACACAGAAAA